AUAGACAUACAACGGACCAGCAUUACACGAGCAAGCAGAAGCACGCCAAGACUGAAUUCGUUGACCUGGACAAUGCGUGGGGUUUCGGCGUUUCUCUUUCAAAAACAUUAGAGAUCGCAUCAUAGUUGCUAGUUAUAGGAAUGUCGGGGGAUAACACCACGCUUCCCGACUGGGGGCAGCUCGUAAGUGACGCGGCAAGCGGUGGCGGGAGGCCCUUUGACAACGUUCACCCGUUCCUGGACGCUGUCGAAGAGUUGUUGUCAACACCGCAAUUCCACUUCAAGACCGUGCAGCAGUCCCUCAACGCAUCAUUCUUCAAGACCAUUCCCGCUGCUCGCUCUCUCGAUUUCCUAAUCUCGUGCCUCGAAGAGCUCAUCACCAAUGCACCGGCAGGCCCAGCAACAGCGGCUGAGCAAACCGACACGGAGACGCCUGCUGGGGACGAGGCCGUCGCUCCUGGCACCUCAGCCGAGGCCGCCGAGGCCGUUGCGGCAGCAGGCAGCGGUGCUGCCGACAGUACUGACGCGGAUGCAGCUGCACCUGCGGCGGCCUCAGCGACAUCAGAGGCCGUUGCGGAAUACGCAGCCGCGGAGGCCGCACAGACUCAAACCGCCAAGCGGCAGAAGGAGCAGCAGCAACAGCAACAACAACAGAACGCGCGCAGCGGCACUUUGUCCCACCUGCUUCUAGAUCUCAUACACCAACACACGCGUGCCCGCGCCGCCGCCGCGGCGGCGGCGGCCGCCACAGCCGCCAGCGCAACACCGCCGGCGCCGCCAGCCGCCGGCGCCCCGCCGCCAGCGCCCACCACCUCCGCCUCCGUAUUCGAUAUGGUCCUCGCUUCCGCGGCGGAGACGGACGCAGUGACGGAGCUGCGGGCGGCGGCGGCUGUGGUGCGGGCGGCACGGGUGCAGGCGCUGUUUGCGGCGGCGUACAGUCAGCCCCGACACGCGCGCGUAGCGCUCAAGAUUGCGCAGGCGUUCGGCAUCACCAGCUCGGACCUGCCGCCCGGCGGUCCUCAGGCGCUGGCGGCCGCCGUGUCGCGCCUGCUGCUGGACCGCGUGACGCUCACGCCGGGACUGGGCCUGGUGGCGGCCUUCCCCGAGCUCAGCGACCUGGUGGACAGGCCGGCGCUGCUGCGGCUGCUGGUGGCGGAGGGCAAGGAGGCGGCGGCGGAGAAGUGGGCGGCGGGGCUGGCGAGGCAGGACCAGAUCUUGUACGUCCAGAUCUGCAUUGACGCCGACCGCCUCAAGUCCGCGGCCCGAGCCACACGCCUGUUCAGUCUGCGCCAGGAGUUUCCUGACAUUGAGGCCCGCUACCGGCGCUCCUCGCUCGCACGCCUGGCCUCCAAGCGGGUGUGGGGCGUGGCGGCGGCCUUUGUGGGCACUGACGCCGAGCUGCAGACGGAGCUGCUGAGGGCGAUGGUGGAGGCGGGCGAGGGCGGUCUGGCGGAGGAGUACCGCAAGCGCUUCGGCCUGCCGCCCGCCCUCAUGGCGGCGCUCAUUGACCCGGAGGCGCUGGCGGCGCAGGAGGCGGCGCGGGCGGCCAAGUACCUGCCUCUGGCUCUGCCGUCGGACCGGGUCAUCUGGGCGGACGGGCCAGAGGGUCUGGCGGCGGCGGCGGAGGCGCUGGCGGGCGCGCAGGUGCUGGGCCUUGAUGUGGAGUGGAAGGCCUCGGGUCGCGAGCUGGAGGCCGCAGACGAGGCGGAGGCCGACACCGGUGUCGCGGAGGGCGAAACCACCGAGGGCGAAACCACCGAGGGCGAAACCACGGAAGGGGAGACCACCGGCGCGGAAGGCGAGGCUGGCGGCAAGCGCAAGGCGAGCGCGCGCGCCGCCGCCGCCGCCAGCGGUCCGGGCGGGCUUGCGGCUCUGCUUGGCAGCGGGGGAGGCGGCGGGGGAGGCGGCGGCGGCUCGCCUGCGGCGCUGCUGCAGGUUGCUACUGCCGAUUGGGCGGUCUUGUUCGACCUGAUCGCGCUGUGCGGGCCCGGCAGUAGCAGCAGCGCCGCCGCCGCUCCGGGAGGCGAGCAGGAGGCGGCUGCAGCCGAUGCUACUGCCGCCACAACUCCUUUGGACGCGGUGCUACUGCCGCUGUUCUCGCGGACGCCGGCGGAGGGCGGCUGCUUGGUGCUGGGGUUCGGCCUGUCGGGUGACCUGGCCAAGCUGAGCGGCUCCUACCCAGCCGUGGCCGCCUUCCGCCGCGUGGCCGCCACGCUGGACGUGUGGGAGCUGUGGCGGGCGCACCUCAUCGCGCAGGCACAGGCGGCCCGGCCCAAGGGCGCGCCGCCCGUGCAGCUGCCAGCGCGGGCCUUCCAGGCGGGGCUCUCCACGCUGGCGGCGGGGCUGCUGGGCAAGCCGCUGGACAAGACCAUGCAGGUGUCGGACUGGGAGGCCCGGCCUCUGAGCGCCCGCCAGAUGACGUACGCGGCGCAGGACGCACACGUGCUCGUACGCCUGUACGGCGAGCUGCGGAACCGCCUGCCGGCGGGCGUGGCGGACCAGGUCGAGGCGGUUAAAACCGUGUCGUACACGGCGGGCGCAUCGCCGUCGCCGGUCGGCCCGAGGAGCAACGGCGGCACUCCGCAGAAGCGCAAGGCAAGCGUGGCGGCGCCGGCGGCGGCGACGACGGAGGGCGAGGAGCAGCUGCGGGCGGCGCCGCCAGCGGAGGCGCCGGCGGGAGCGGCGGUACCGGCGGCGGCGGCGGCGGCGGCGGGCGGGGGCAGCUGCCAGCCGCGCAGCCCGAGCCGGCCGCGUGAGGAUGGGGAGGGAGGGGAUGGUGGCGGAGGUGCAGGUGGUGGUGGGGGGGGAGGUGGCGGAAGUGGCGGAGCAAGCAGCCAAGGAGCCGAUGCCGGCGGGGUUUCGACAUCCGGUGUAGGAGGGGGCAUAGCUGGCGGCGGCGGUGGAGGAGGAGGCGGCGGCGGCGGUGGAGGCGGCGGCGGUGGCGGGGGGCGAUCCGCUGCCAGCGUUUUAGCGCUGCCUACGUCGGGAGGGACUAUCAAGGCCCUCAGUCGGGCAUACGGAGACACGCUGCCUCUAGCCACCUCCAUGGCUGCCUCGGCUCUCGCGGCGCCGCCGCAGCCGCUGUCGCCGCAGGCCGCCGCAGGCUGUAGCAGCUGUGGCACUGGCGCCGCCGAGGCGGCGGGCGGGGCGGGGGGCGCGGGGGGGCAGCAGCUGCCGCCCGGGGUGGCGGCGGCGCUGGCGCGGCACGGGCUGGGCGGCGCGGUGUGGUGGCUGCAGCCAGCGGGGCUACCGGUUCCGGCAGUAGCAGCAGUGGCAGUAGCAGCAAUGGCAGUAGCACCUGCUGCACCCGCUGCAGGUGCCGCCGACACUGCAACCGCAACCGCCUCGCCCACUCAGCCGCCGCAACCGCAACUGCCGCAACCGCCAUGCCCACCCAGCUCAACCGCACCCACACCUGCAGUAGCAGUAGCACCAACCGCAGUAGCACCGCUGCCGCCAACCGCCACCGCAGCCGAGGCGGCGGCGGCGGUUGGCGUGCCGACGUGUCGCAUCGCGAAGAGCAUUGCCGUACUGGCGGCUGGGAAACCCUGGCUGGCGGCUGUGCGAGGGGACCGACGGCUCGACUGGCACAAGGCAGGAGGGGGCUCCGGCUUAGGCCCCGGGGGCGUGUGCUGUAGCAGUGGGGGCGGCAGUAGCGCCACUGCGGGGCCUGCGGCAGUAGCAGUAGCAGGGAAGAGCUGGGGGCGGUGUGCCGUCGCGGUGCCAGCGGGGCCUGGCGGGGAGGGCAGGUCUGCCAGGGCCGGCGGCGGCGCUGUUGCCCAGGCCGGUCCGGGGAGCAGCCGCCGCCGCCGCCACUUCUGCCGCCGCCGCCGCCACUGCCACCGCAAGGUGGCUGCUGCGGUAGGCGUGGCGCGGCGGGCGCUGCGAGUGGCCACGCCGGGCGAGUGCGUGUCGGCGUACGGCUACGUGCCAGGCACGCUGCCGCCGUUCGGCCACCCCUCGCCCGUGCCGGUGCUGGUGGAUGAGGGGCUGAGCUGGGCCGCCGAGGCGCAGGCGGAGGGGGAGGCGCAGGCGCAGGCGGUGGUGGAGGCGGAGGAGCCGGAGCCGAAGCAGCAGGCCCUGACAGGUACGGCCGCCGCGGUGGCUGCCGCCGCCCUCCCUCCUGGCAACACGAAUAGCGCUCCGCUGCCGCCGCCACCUCCGCCUCCAUCGUGCGCCUCCUCCUCCUCCUCCUCAGCCGCCAUAGCGCCCAUCCCGGCCUCAUCCGCAUCCGCCUCCAACCCCUCCUCCAGCCCCCCCUCCUACCCAGCCCCCUCCCCUCCUGCCGCCCACGGCCCCGCCCGCCCGGGGCUGCUGUUCUGCGGCAGCGGCGUCUCCUCCGCCGUCCUGGGCCUCACCUUCCCACAGCUGCUGCAGCUGACAGGCGGCCGCUCAGCCGACAUCGUGGCUGACGACGGCGGCGGCAACGGCGGCGGCGGCAGCGCGCCCGCCUCCGGCGGCCCCUCCGCCUCGCCCUCGCCCGCCGCCUCCUACCCCAACCUCCUCACCGCUGGCGCUCCUGCUACUGCCGGUGCCGGCGACGCGGCUGCUACAGCCGCCGCGGCUGCGGCAGUGGCUACUGCCGGGCCGCCCAGCCGCUUCCUGCUGGACUCCAUGCUAGGGCGGCUGUGCAGGUGGCUGCGCUGCCUGGGGCUGGACGCCGAGUACGUGGGCCGCACCUCGCCCGGCAAACAGGAGCUGGCGCGGCUGACCGCGCGCGCCGCCUCCGAGGGCCGCGUGUUCCUGACCCGCGACCAGCGCCUGGCAGAGCGGCGUGACGUGGCGGCGCCGCACGUGCUGGGCAGCGACGACCCGCAGCAGCAGCUGGACGAGCUGGCGCAGCACUUUGGGGUCAGGUUCGACGAGGCCCUGGUCAUGUCGCGCUGUAACGCCUGCAACGCCGCCGCCUUCCAGCUGGUCUGCCCCAAGGAGGCGGCCAGGGAGCUGGUGCCGCCGCGGGUGUACGACCUGGUGGACGAGUUCUGGCGCUGCGGCUGCUGCGGCAAGGUGUUCUGGAUGGGCCCCAAGUCCGCCUCCGCCAUAGCGCUGGUGGAGGGAAUGCUGGCGCGCGCGCGGCAGCCCGGAGAGCCGCUGGCGCACUCCUUCUUCAAUGACGGGUACCUGGCGACAGAUGUAGCGGCUGGGGAUGGGGAGGAAGGGGAGGGAGGUGAGGCGGGAGAGGGGGAAAAGCAGGGGGAGGGGGAGGGGGGGCAGGCCGAGGGGGAGGCGGAGAGGGAGGCGAGGGAGCGUGUGGCAGCAGGAGCGACGGCGGCAGCGGCAGUACGGGAGGAAGCGGAAGAGGGGGGUGCGGCUGCUGCGGCGCCCGAUGCGCUGCCAGUGGGCUCGUAAGGCAGUAGGUUGUUGUGGCCGGCUAGGUGUGGUGGGCUUGUAGCGCCAGAGGCAGGAGCGCGCGGCAUCGUGAUGGUGACAGGGACGUGCGUGGUGAAUGGUGAGGUGCGUGGUGAUGGCAGGCGCAGGCACUGCAGAUAUUCUUUCAUGGUUGCCUCCGCUGGUGAGCGCCUUGUAGGAGCGUAUGAGACGAGCGAGACUGGAUGGGCAUUGCCCACCCCUGAUGAAGUUUAGCGGGCGCCCGCAUGGCAUGCGUGCUGUGCGCCGUAACUCACCGAACUCGGCUCCGGACUUUGAUAGCGACGCA